AUGGUACUACAAGUUCCUCUAUUCCGCCUUCAAUGUGGCGUCAACAGUUACGAUUGGGGCAAAGUUGGAAAGGAUUCAGCAGCUGCCAAAUUCGCUGCUGCCACUCCUGCGGAAGGGUUCUCAAUUCAAGAAGAUAAACCAUAUGCCGAGCUAUGGAUGGGAACCCACCCCUCAAAUCCUUCCAAGGACGUCGAGUCGAAACGGACCCUACUGGAUAUGGUACAACAAAAUCAACAAUUAAUGUCCACCGAAAUUACCGAAAAGUUCGAAAACAAAUUGCCAUUUCUUUUCAAAGUUCUGUCAAUUGGCAAAGCUUUGAGCAUACAAGCACAUCCUAACAAGAAACUGGCAGAACAGCUACACAAGAAGGAUAGCAAAAAUUAUCCAGAUGACAACCAUAAGCCGGAAAUGACGAUUGCAAUCACACCUUUUGAUGGGUUGUGUGGUUUUAGACCUCUCGCGGAGAUCUCCCAUUUCCUUUCGUCGGUUCCAUCGUUACAAAAGCUGGUAGGCGAGUCUAAAGCCAAAGAAUUCCAAGGUGCUGUGAGUGGGCAGGAGACCUCUGAUAAAAAAGAGGACGAGGAAAAGAACAAGAAGGCAUUACAGACGCUCUUCACCUCUCUGAUGCAAUCGAAGCCUGAAGACGUUGAACAGGCAAGUAAGGACUUGAUUGCAGCUGCAAAGAAGGAGGGUUCGGAUUUUGCUGGUGGGGGCGGGCCGUCUAAUACUGGGAAAGAACUGGCAGACCUAGUUGUUCGGCUAGACUCUCAAUUUCCUGGGGAUAUAGGACUAUUCGUUCUGUUCUUCCUCAACUACGUGAAAUUGGAAGUUGGAGAGGCAAUGUUCUUGAAGGCUGAUGACAUCCACGCCUACCUGAGCGGAAACAUCAUUGAAUGUAUGGCAGCGUCAGAUAAUGUUGUUCGUGCUGGCUUCACGCCAAAAUUCAAGGAUGUGGAUACGUUGACAUCAAUGUUAACAUACAGCUACGCUCCAAUUGAGGAGCAAAAGAUGAAUCCAGUCGAUUAUCCAUACGUCACCUUGAACCGGGAGGCCUACUCAUCUGGAUCCGCCGCAACGCUCUAUGACCCACCAAUCGAGGAGUUCAGUGUUGUCAAGACAGAUUUAAAGAAGAAGGGAGCAAAAGCUACGUUCGAGGCCAUCGAGGGACCAAGUAUAUUUAUCUGUACAUCCGGGGAAGGGAAAAUUAGUGUUGGACCUAAAGUGGAGGAGAUCAAGACGGGAUAUGUCUACUUUGUUGGGUCCACGGCGGAAGUUGUGUUGGAGAGCGAGGGAGAGGAGUUUACUACGUUCAAGGCGUUUUGCGAGUUGCAUGGUAAGGAGGAUGCGGAUGGUAAGGAGAAGCUUUGA